CCUCCUUCACGUCCUCUUCCAACCUCUGUUCAAUUCCUUUCCCAUUCCCCUUCUUAAUUCCAAUCCCAGCUGCAUUGUACAAUACUUUCCACAACCCGUUAAACAACCACCUACCUAACUCACCAUGUUAUCCCGCCGCGCCUCCCAAGCUCUCCAUCAUGUCGCCCGGAUCCGCGCACCACCAAGAGCUGCGUCUCGUCUCCAAUCCAAUACAAGCCCCAGAUUCUUUUUCUUCUCCUCCCCAUCCACCCGUCAAGGAUUCCACUCUACCGCUGGGAUCCAAAAAGGCAUCUUCCCCAACUCAUCCGACCCGCCAGCUCCCAACCCGCAAUCCACCACCACCCACGCUUCCGAGCCGUCGCCUCUAACGGACCAACAGUUCCACGAGCACUCGGAACAUUACCUGAACGUGCUCCAGACCGAGAUUGAAAAUGUCCAGGAGGAGGGAUCAGACAUGGAGGCGGAGUAUAGUGCUGGAGUCCUCAACAUCUCCGUCCCAGCUGUCGGAACCUACGUUCUAAACAAACAACCCCCCAACAAGCAAAUCUGGCUCAGUUCCCCCAUUUCCGGCCCCAAGCGCUACGACUGGGUUAUCGAGGGUGACCACAUGCACGAAAAGCAGGAUACACGGCCCUUCGUUAAUGGACAGUGGAUCUGUCUCCGGGAUGGCUCGAACUUGACGGAUCUCUUGAAUGGGGAAUUGGGGCUGAGUCUUCCGGAGGAUGUUUACAGUGAGGUUGAUGAGUGAGGAAUUUAUUCUCCCUCGUUUCUCUUUCCUUUGCUUCGCUUUCUGUUGAGAAGUAAAGGGGAAGGCUUCGUUGACCGGUUGUUUUGUAUGACUUGAGUGAGAGGUUUACAUUUGACUUGGAUUGGGGGUGUUAGGAUAGGAAGUUUCUUUUUUUCCCCUUGUGUGCGGAGUUUUUGUCUUGUUUUAUACAGAUCAAGCAGAUGUACACUGCAAUAUCUAUACAUAUAUAAUACUUGGUCGGCAUCAAGUAAUACAUUUGACUUGCUGCGCAGAUGUAAUCCGCAUACUUUUUUGGCAACUGAAGAUGUUUCAAUCCCGUAUUC